AUGCAUUCGCUAAGAGGAUGGAAUUGGCUGGCCUUGGGGAGCGUGGUGGGAUUGGUACACGGCGCCGCGCUGCCUGUUAUCACACCUGCACCAAGGCCAGAUGUUCGAUCGCUACAGUAUAGACAAGAUCCAGAUGCUAUUGAGAUCUUGCAAGUGCUCAUUACUGCACUUCCACUUUCGCUAAGGCAAAUUGCCGCGACAAACAUACCCGCUGUCUCCAGCAUACUAUGGGAGGAAUUCCUAGACGACAACCGACCACAAUGGUUCGAAGAACUGCCAUACGAUAUACAGUCUUACUUCAUACAAGAGUUUGGACCAGCUACGGCAGCACCACCUGCGAGCGAAGCAUUGCCGACUGACGUUACCGCAUCCCCAACGGCGUUACCUACAGAGACGACUUCAAAUGUAGACUCAUCGGUGCCUGAGUCAUUAUCUACUAGCGCAGUACAAUCUUCCGCGAUAUCAGCAUCCGAAGGCUUGAGCACAACCCCUACACCUACGGCAUCUUCGGGCAGUGCCUCGAGCGAUACCACCAGUCUGGUAUCCUCCUCUGGAUCUUCUUCCGAACUUUCUACCACACCCGCGACUUCAUCAUCAUCAUCUUCGGAAACUACCGUCUCAACGUCUGCAUCCUCUCCCGCAAGUUCAUCUGCAACUCUAAACCCAACGGCAGAUCCUGUGGCACCCGCUUCCAGUGAUGCUGGCCUGACUAGACGCGAGAAGAUCGGACUUGGGGUGGGCGUGCCAUUAGCAGUACUCGCUCUUGCCGCGUUACUACUUGCAUGCUGCUUUAUCUUGCGCCGAAAGAGAAGGAGGUCCAUCGAAGGCAGUCAGCCCCCAUCUUCACCUGGCUUUAUUCCCCGUUUUUCGUUCCAGGACCGAGGACUGGGCGGCGAGAACUUCGAACAUAGGCGACCUUUGAAUCCCGCAUCACACCAGACGAGCCGGUUCGUUGAGGACAUGAACUGGGAAGAUGAUGGCUAUGAUCCAGCUCCUAUGUCUACAGUCUACCAUGGUCAUCAGAUUCCACCGGCUGCAGCACCCACACCGUCUCCGGCAAACAACAUUGCGACUGCAGGCAUACCCCAUCACAAUGAUGGUAAUUCAAUGCCAGUAGCAUCGACACCAAUGUCAAUGCAAGACAACCACACACCCAUUCUGGCGCCCGCACUCUACCACAGCCACUCAUCAAAUCGUGCCCGCGGCCGACGAACAAGCUACACCAGCCUCCACGCCGUGGCUGAAGUAACAGAACCCGACGAAGAAUUGAAUGGAGAUUCUCCAGUAUUGGGCCGUAAUAACUCACCACCCAAGACAGGUCCUCGGAGGCCUGGUAUGUCCGCUCUGGACACGCUUCCCGUCCCCACCGUAGCGAGCAUAAAACGCAAACCCUUACCAACCAGUCCCAUCAGCAGCCCAGCAGCCGAAGCAUCGCGAGGUCUUCUCCGCCCCUCUCUCGCAUACAACAGCGCCGACCACAGCGGAAGCAGUUCCUCCGGUCUCGCCGUCUCCAGCUUGUCCACCAAUUCCGGCCAUGGAUACCACUCAGACGAUUCCCGACCCAUAUCUCCUAUUACCCACCAGCAACCGUCCUCAAAUCCUUUUGCGGGUGGAUAUGCUUACCUUGAAGACUACGGCCCUGAGUACUCGAAUAACGGGUAUACCGACCAGGACGAUGAGCUUUAUGGUGGUCAUAGAAGCCUCGAUCGCUACCCAGAGCCCAGUCCGUCUCGACGUAAGAGCUCGAAAACCGAGUGGCCGUUGAGGAACGUUAUGGGUGGUGGGCAGAAGAGGACGAGAAGCCCCAUGUGGGAUCGCGUUUACGAACGCGUAUGA